UAUGUCUCCUGAUGAAUGCGGCCCAGUUCAGCUGCAGGUGAGCUCACACUUUCCCUCUGUGCUGCAGGAAUCGUUCUGGUGGCCAUCAACCCGUAUGAGCCGCUGCAAAUCUAUGGAUCCGACAUCAUCAACGCCUACAGCGGCCAGAACACGGGAGAUAUGGACCCUCACAUCUUCGCUGUGGCAGAGGAGGCUUACAAACAGAUGGCCAGGGACGAGAGGAACCAGUCGAUAAUUGUGAGCGGGGAGUCCGGGGCUGGAAAAACGGUAUCGGCCAAAUACGCAAUGAGAUACUUUGCUACGGUCAGCGGCACCACCAGCGAGGCCAACGUGGAGCAGAAGGUGUUGGCCUCCAACCCCAUCAUGGAGGUGAGGACUGCAGGAAGCUCUCUGUUGAGAAAGACCCUGGAUUAA